GCCAGUAACAAAAGAAAAACAUAAAAGGAAAGGCAAAAAGAAGAUGUGAGCUUGUGAAUGCCAAAAGAUCACAUAACUUUCUCUCUGUUUCAUCAAUGGCCGAGAAAGUCCAUGAGAUCGCCGGAAAGAUAACUCCUUUCUGCCGGAAAAUAGUUCACGUGAACAGAAAAUGGAGAAUCAUCGAGAGGGUAUCGAUCUUUGGAGAUUUCUUUAGGUUUCUAUGGAGAAAAAUUGUUUCUUGUUCAAGUAUCAUCGAAAAACCUAUUCUUUACCGGCGAAUCGUUCACAAGAUUUCUUCCACCGCGGGCGAUAUCUUUGACGGAGACGACGAUACUACGACAGAACCUACUGUUUCCGGUAGAAGGUUUGGUUCAAGUUCGGAUUCGGAUUUGGUUAGUCUCAAGAUCAGUUUAUUAGGCGAUUGUCAAACAGGGAAGACUACUUUUGUAGUAAAAUAUGUUGGAGAUGAGAAUCAAAGUUUCUUGGAGAUGACGGGUUUGAAUUUGAUGGACAAAACUUUUUAUGUUCAAGGAGUUACUAUUUCGUUUAGCAUUUGGGAUGUGGGAGGUGAUGAAAAGAGAUCAAAAGAUCAUAUACCAAUUGCUUGUAAAGAUGCAGUAGCAAUCUUGUUCAUGUUUGAUCUAACCAGUCGAUCUACUCUUAACAGUGUCUUCGGGUGGUAUAGCCAGGCAAGAAAAUGGAACAAGGUACGUUUAAUAUCUAUGUUUUUGGCAAGCGAAUAAUAAAAAGAUCACAUCAGUCAUCUUUUGUUGAUUAGAUUCUUGUUCUAUCUAUAUAUGUUUUAGUUGAAUUUUUUAUUUUAUAGUAAGUAAAGAAACCAAGUUCAACUUGAGUUGUUACGUUACGUUUACUUUUUUUUUUGUUGUUCCGCGUUACAUUUUUUAUACACAAAUUGGUUCCUGUUUUUCGUUUUAGUUUCGCCUGAACUAAAUAAAAUUUAGCACGUCGACUUUUCUUAUUAGUUGUUAACAUUCAAGGAGUAUAUUAUAAAGUUUUUGGAAUCUGAUUCCAACAAAAUACUUUAUCUUAAAACUUUUUUUUAUAAUUUUGUGUUUUCUUUAAUCAGACGGCAAUUCCGAUUCUAAUAGGAACAAAAUUCGAUGACUUUGUUCGGCUCCCACCCAAUCUUCAGUGGACCAUCGUCACUCAGGCAAGAGCAUAUGCGAAGGUGAUGAAUGCGUCAUUGUUCUUCUCAAGUGCGACACACAACAUAAAUGUGAACAAGAUCUUCAAAUUCAUUUUGGCUAGACUUUUUAAUUUGCCUUGGAAGAUUGACAGAAAUUUGACCUUAGGUGAACCCAUUAUCGACUACGAUUCCUAAUUUAGUCUACUUUAAUUAUUUAUCAUUUUUGUACAUAAUUUUUUUUUUUAAAAAGAGGUGAACGAAUAUCGUCGAUAAAAAAAAAUAUAGUUGAAAGAAAAUAGCGUUGGUUUUGUGUGCAUUUUCAUGUUGAUAGUCAUAUGCUUGGAUGUUCUUGUUUUUAUUGGACAGAAAAAUUGAAUUUAAAAAACAAAUAGUUGAUAUAGUCAAUGUUUACAAGAUUCGAAGGUACUAUACAAUUUCAAGAGGGCUCGACCCAAAGUUUAAC